CAGAGCAUCUGUCAGGCGCGGGCCACCGUCAUGAUGUACGAUGACGGCAGCAAGCGCUGGUUACCGGCCGGUUCUGGCGCUCAGGCCAUCAGCAGGGUUCACAUCUUCCAGAACCCCAGUAACAACAGCUUCAGGGUGGUGGGACGCAAACAACAGGCCGAUCAGCAGGUGGUCAUUAACUGUCCUCUGGUCCGUGGGAUCAAAUAUAACCAGGCCACUGCUACGUUCCACCAGUGGCGUGAUGCGCGGCAGGUCUGGGGUCUGAACUUCAGCAGUAAAGAAGACGCGGCUCAGUUCACCAGCGGCAUGAUGCACGCGCUCGACGUGCUCAGCGGAGACGCCGGUGCGUGUCCUCCUCCUCCUCGACCGCCUCCGAACGGCCCGAGCGCUGAGGAGAUAGAGCAGAAGAGGAGACAGGAGCAACAGGAGAGAGAGCGACAGGAGAGAGAGAGACAGGUGUCUGCCGCUCCGGCCCCACCUCCUGGUCCUCCUCCCGCUCCUGGCCCCGCCUCUGCACCUCCUCCUCCCCCUGGACCUCCACCUCCUCCAGGACCCCCGCCUCCCCCCCCACCACCACCUCCUUCAGGAGGAGGCCCACAGGAGCAACAGGAGAGAGAGCGACAGGAGAGAGAGAGACAGGUGUCUGCCGCUCCGGCCCCACCUCCUGGUCCUCCUCCCGCUCCUGGCCCCGCCUCUGCACCUCCUCCUCCCCCUGGACCUCCACCUCCUCCAGGACCCCCGCCUCCCCCCCCACCACCACCUCCUUCAGGAGGAGGCCCGCCGUGCUUGAUUGACAGUGCAAUUUUCGCUCGACGAAGAAAAGUUGCUGAAACUCCAGCGGUCAAGAAAGAAGAAAACAGCAGCGCUGAUUCUGAGAACAGUGACUCCAGAGCUGCAGACAAACCAGACGUGAAGAAGCCCUGGGAGAAACCGUCGUCUGUGUCACGGGUGAACUCAGCGUCUAAGAGUCAGGACAAGAGCCCGGUGUCUCCUGCGACCGCGGCUCUGUUGAGCAGGACGAGGCCCGGCAACAGCACAGGAGACGCCGCAGACAUGGAGAAACUCAAACAGGACAUCCUGGAGGAGAUGCGCAGCGAGCUGCAGAAAGUGAAGGAUGAGAUCAUCAGCGCUCUGCUGGAGGAGCUGCAGAAGAUCAAUGCGGCGUAGCUGCGCAUCAGGACGAUCUGCGCAGAAACACGAGCACGUGCACACACUUCAAGAUGCAAGAAUCUCACUCCUGCACCCGACUUACUCGCUUUUACCCUCGUAGUUUUACACCUGCUGCCUUUCACUUUUCUUUAUGUGAAUAUUCAUGAUCUCUAUUAAUAUGUUUCUGAUCCGCUGCUGUGUCAAGCGUUUAUUGUGUCUGUUGCAUGUGUUUAAAUCAUGUAGAGCUCUUACAUGUACCACCUGCAUCUAGAAAUAGUGCCACUAGUUAGUUGUUUACGUCUGUAAUGAUCAGAAUGCGUGGGAUUCUGUGUUAUUGCAGCUUAUUUAUCUUGCACUGUUAUGUAAACUGUGUUUGACCAGCAGGGGUUUUCAAAGCGGGAGUGUUAGCG